CUAAAUAAACGUUAGAACUAAUUUUAUUGAACCUCCGGAAACAUGUCAACCCUGACAUAGCGGAUUAAUGAUUUCCAUAAUAUGUAUUUCCUCGCACCUAUAUAUGUAUAGUCCGACUCGAUUUCCUUCGUGAUCUAUAUAAAAGGGGUCAUUGUGUUGUCAGUUCAUUCAGUAACCGCUUCAGCUGCUUUGAAACACCACUACUCUGCUAAAAUGAAGACCCUGUUGGUAUUAGCUGCAUUUAUUGCAGUCACUUGUGCCAAUAAUGUGCAUCUAUCACAAUCGCAAAAGGACAAAGUUCACCAGUAUACCUUAGAAUGCAUGAAGCAAUCCGGGGUCAAACCCGAAGUAUUGGCCGAGGCGAAGAAGCAGAAUUUCAAGGACGACGAAGCGCUGAAGAAGUUUAUGCUUUGCUUCUUCCAAAAGUCCGGGAUCAUGGACCGGGAUGGAAGGUUGAAUGUGGACGUCGCUUUGUCGAAGUUGCCUCAAGGCGCUGAUAAAGUAGGAGUUAAAAAGGCUCUGGAAGAGUGUAGGGCAAAGAAAGGCAGAGACUCCGCUGAUACGGCUUUUGAAGUUUUCAAGUGUUAUCAUCGCGCUACGCCCACUCAUGUUGUUUUUUAACAAAUAUAAUGAUCAUGUUUACAUUGUCUGUACAUAUAAAAAAAUCGUAUGACUAAUUCUUUAUCUCGUAGUUGAUUCAUGUUGUUGUAUUUAUUUGUAACUUGUCUCAGUUUUGUAGGAUUAGUUUAGUUUAUGCGUUAUAUGUUUCUAUUUAUCGAUUGUUUGUAAAUAAAUAAAUUGCAUUAA